UGCACGCCAUGGCUUCAGCUUCCAAGCGCCAAAAUCCCACCUUUUCCAAACCUCUGAAAACCCCAUUCACUCUAAACCCCAGCCUUCACACUUGCCCCCAAGACCCAAAGCCCACUACCGGUAGAACCACCACCUGCUCGCCUAUCAGACCCUCCCAAGAAGACCUCGCCCUCUCACUUUCCUCCCACCUCACGCGCCAGGAGCUCCUCCUCCGCCGGUCCCGCCACCUCAAGCAGGUCGCCAAAUGCUACAGGGACCACUACUGGACCUUCAUGGAGGAGCUCAAGAUCCAGUACAGGGAGUACUACUGGAAGUACGGUGUCAGCGCCGUCAAGCAAGAGCUCCAACACCACGCUUCCCAGAGAGAUAUUGAAGCCGGUGAUCUUGAAGGCACUGGUGAGAACAACAACAACAACAAUGUGAAUAUGGAUGUGACAUGCAACCAGCGGUGCGUGUUUGUGGGGUGUAAGCUAAAGGCCAUGCCUUUGACGAGCUUCUGUCACCUUCAUAUCCUCUCGGAUUCCAAGCAGAAGCUCUACAAGGCUUGUAAUUAUGUUAUCAAUAUAAAAGUCAGGUAUUGGUUAAUUUGCUGCACACACUAUUUAUUAGAGUUGUUGUGGUUUACAAAAUGGAAAGAUAAUGCAAAUUAAUUGGUCAAAUUUUGGUUUUCCUUCUUAAGAUGAGCUAGCCGUUGGUGAUUGAUUUCUUCCCUUGUAUAUAUGCUAGCCGUUUGGGUGAUUUGAGUUUCCUUUGUUGGUGCUAGCCGUUGCUUGUUUGAUUGUUUCUUUCUUGUUCCUUGUUGAGUGAUGGUUUGUUCAUUACGCCCCCGCAAGCAUGACAAGUGGCACACGGCGUUGAGCUUGGUAAGCAUAAGAGAGAAAUGAGAUGAUGCUGUGGGUUUAGUGAAGAUGUCAGCCAAAUUGUAUAUGCUGGAGGGGAAGCGAACUGCCAGAAUUUUGGAGGUGACCUUCAGAAUUGUCGUCUGGACAGUUGACCUAGUCAACAUCCGAAAAUGAUUGAAGGGUGUGAGAUGGAGACCGGCGAAGUAGCAAACGAUAGGAAAUGGUGAACUUGAGGUACCGCAACAUACACUUCGCCGCUUGAAGUUGGGGAGAGGUGGACCGGUGCAUGAAUUAAGAGAUUGUUGAUAGCAAAGGAGAUGUCAGGACGAGUAAGAGAUAGAUAUUGUAGGGUGUUGACAAGACUGCAGUAGGAAGAGGACUCAGUGAGUGGAUCACGAAAAGAAUAUGGAACAACAACCCUCCUAUCCCACAUAAACAAUAUACCACCGGAAGCCCCUUUAGAAGCUAAGUAGCACCAAUCCACAUAAUGACAACCCCACAAGCUACGCAAAACCUUACUAGAAAUGAGCUCCAGUUCAGUUUCCUGCAAACAGAUAAUGUCCGACUUCCAUUGCCUAGUGAGAUACCUAACUCUCAAUCACUUGUCAGCCUUAUUUAACCCUCUCACAUUCCAAGAAAGCAACUUAGGCUUCAUAAACAAUCGCUAGCAACCCUCCCCUUGUUCCUAACAUGAGCAGCACUGCCAUCAUUAUUAAUUGAGCAAGAUAACCUUUUGAGUUCUCUAAUACCUUUUUUUCCCAAGUUCGAACAAGAACCAGCUUCCUUCUCAGAAUUGCUCGCUACAAUGGCUGCAAAUAGGGCCUUAAGCUCCUCUUUGAAGCCAUCACAAGAAAGCCUCACAAAAAAAGGAACUCCUUUACUAACUGAAAAACCCAAUCAGCAAGCUCUAGGUUGGGCUCCAUCACUGCUAGACACUUCAAUGGAGUGGCCUCCACCUCCAAAAAUAGAUCCAGCUCCAUACAAGACCAGGAAUAAUGGUGAUAGAAGCUUCAGAACAAACAAUUAUCCUUCAUUUUCCCACCACCACCUCCUUGCACCACUUCAGUGGGGAUUGAACAACUAUCCCUCAUAGUAAUCGACUUUCAAGAGAUAGUCUCUUCAAAAGGAAAAUCUUUAUUUUGACAAAUCUUCGAAGGGAACUUUUGCAAAACAAUCAAAGGCCUCCUUCACUUCGGGUUCUCUAGAAACAGAACCUACUAUCUCUCCUUCAUGCUAGACCCAAUAAGGCUUAGUGCCACUAUGAAUCACCACUGAAAGCCCAGAAGAGAGGGGAUCCAAAUCCACCACCUGUUCUUGCAUUUAAAUUGUAUUGAUCAAUAUUUUGUUGCUUUAAUGAUUUGAAUCCCAUCAAUGGGAUGAGUAAUGAGUUGGUUGGUUUACUCAUCUGGUGGAAUUUGCCUUGGUGCA